AUGGAGGUGCGAGUAGUGCAGUCAGCGGCCACCACCGCCAAGCCCGCCGAAUCUAUCUCCGAAGGCGCGUCCGAUGCGCGACCGACAUGCACGCAGCUCGCGGCGAUCACGCCGCCCGAAGCGGCGGCCCUCGUGCCCGAGGAGGACUUUUCGGACAUUGAAGAGACGCGCGUAGGUUCCUCGCACCUUCGCGCACGCUGUUGCCAAGCCUACCCUUCUCCUCUCCCGUCCCCGUCGCUCAUCCGUUCUCACCCAAUCUCCGCUCUUCGCUGCUCAUCCCCGUCGCUCAUCCGUUCUCACCCAAUCUCCGCUCUUCGCUGCUCAUCCCCGUCGCUCAUCCUUUCUCACCCAAUCUCCGCUCUUCGCUGCUCAUCCCCGUCGCUCAUCCUUUCUCACCCAAUCUCCGCUCUUCGCUGCUCAUCCCCGUCGCUCAUCCGUUCUCACCCAAUCUCCGCUCUUCGCUGCUCAUCCCUGUCGCCCCCACUCCUCGUUGCGCUGUCCCUCCGUCUCCGCUUUCCGCUGCGGCAUGCUCCCCUUUCCGCAUACCUCCCGCUCCCCUUUCCGCAUACCUCCCGCUCACGACUCAGCCAGCACGCACGCGUCUCCGCUUCUCUGCGCCUGCCUUCCCUUUCCUCGCCCUCCCCCCGCGCCGUUCCCUUUCCCCGCGCCUACAUAUCCGCCCCCUCUUUCCGCGGCCCUCUAAUCCCCUCUUUCUCCUCUAUCUCCCGGGCUCCUCUAUCUCCCGUGCUCCUCUAUCUCCCGGGCUCCUCUAUCUCCCGGGCUCCUCUAUCUCCCGGGCUCCUCUAUCUCCCGGGCUCCUCUAUCUCCCGGGCUCCUCUAUCUCCCGUGCUCCUCUAUCUCCCAUGCUCCUCUAUCUCCCGGGCUCCUCUAUCUCCCGUGCUCCUCUAUCUCCCGGGCUCCUCUAUCUCCCGGGCUCCUCUAUCUCCCGGGCUCCUCUAUCUCCCGUGCUCCUCUAUCUCCCGGGCUCCUCUAUCUCCCGUGCUCCUCUAUCUCCCGGGCUCCUCUAUCUCCCGUGCUCCUCUAUCUCCCGGGCUCCUCUAUCUCCCGGGCUCCUCUAUCUCCCGGGCUCCUCUAUCUCCCGGGCUCCUCUAUCUCCCGGGCUCCUCUAUCUCCCGUGCUCCUCUAUCUCCCGUGCUCCUCUAUCUCCCAUGCUCCUCUAUCUCCCGGGCUCCUCUAUCUCCCGUGCUCCUCUAUCUCCCGUGCUCCUCUAUCCCCUCCCCAUCUUUCCAUCCCCUCAUCGUCCCAUCGUCCUAUAUACACCCCACGGCCGCCCCCCCUUCUCCACCAACAGCCCACGUCUUCCCCACAGACCACGUGGAGCGGUACAUUCAUUACAAGCUACACGAGCUCUUCUCAUUGGCCGGCCCCGACCGCCACGUUAGCAUCCUGUACAUCCACACGGAGUGCGAAUCCCUCAACGACAACCCGCUCCUCGCCUUCCGAGACAUCUUCCAAGGCCUCCCUCCGAGCCUGCAGCAGAGGGUCGGGGCGGUGUACAUCCUACACCCGAGCCUGACUCUCAGGCUCGGGCUCUGGUUGAUUUCCCCAUGGCUGAGCGACAGCCUGUAUUCCCGCAUGGUUUGUGUGAGCCGGGUGGAGUUCCUAUGGGAGCACAUACGGGAAGACCAGGUAGACCUGCCUGAUUUUUGCCUGGCGCAUGAUGGAAAGCUGGAGGCGCACCCGCUGCUGGACUACGGCUUCCAGCUCGAUAGAGUAGCAGCCGGGCAGCACCUGCCCGUGGGGCUGUAG